GACGGUGGGAAUCAAAUCUCUCUCUCCAGAAUUCACCUUUCCAUUCCCACCAAUUUCUCACCAAAGCCCCCUAAAUUUCUGUUUGCACCCAAAUCCGUAGCCAAAAAUCCCGACUUUCACACCCCAAUAUCUCCAGAGCCGGCGACUCUGGUGCGCGGUUGCGCUCGAUCUCUCGCCGAAAAUCGGAAGCCGAUCUCUGAUCGCGGCUGUUUGAGAAAUCGUUAGGUAACAAGAAAGUCGCAUGAGCUGGUUGGGAAAGCUGGGUUUUACAAAGAGGACAUUGAAUUCCAAUUCGAAUCACUUCUUUACGUGUCUUUUGAUCUUCAUUCUCCAUUACUCCCCUCAAUUGCCUCUUACCCUUCUUAAAUUCGAGAGGAAGGCCCUCGAUCCCUUAUUAUUAUUACUACCCAAUUUUAAUUUUAAUUUAAAUCCCAAUUUAAAUUAUAAUUUUAAUUCCAAUACGAAUUUGGAUUUGAAUCACCAUGGCGUCUGGAAGCAAGAGUAAUCCCCAAUUGCGCAGAGCUCUUUGCUCAAAUGGUGAGAAGAGGCAGCCAUCGAGUGCGACGGCGCCGUCCCCAUCUGUAAUAGUGAUAGGUGGCGGUAUGGCGGGCAUUUCAGCUGCUCGGGCUCUUCAUGAUGCAUCAAUUCAGGUUGUGCUGUUGGAGUCUCGAGACAGGGUGGGUGGUCGAGUUUGCACCGAUUACUCGUUUGGUUUCCCUAUUGACUUGGGUGCAUCAUGGUUGCAUGGAGUAUGCAAAGAGAAUCCAUUGGCACCAUUAAUUGGGAGGCUGGGGUUACCCUUAUACCGUACGAGUGAGGAUAACUCUGUCUUAUAUGACCAUGACUUGGAAAGCUAUGCACUCUUUGAUAUGGAUGGGAAUCAAGUUCCUCAAGAUUUGGUAACGAAAGUUGGUGAAGCAUUUGAGAAAAUUUUGAAAGAGACAGACACGGUAAGACAGGAAUUUAGUGAGGACAUGUCCAUCACCCGUGCUUUCUCAAUUGUUUUUGAAAGGAAACCGGAAUUAAGGUUGGAGGGAGUUGCGCAUAAGGUACUGCAGUGGUAUUUGUGCAGGAUGGAAGGAUGGUUUGCAGCUGAUGCUGAUACAAUUUCACUUAAAUGCUGGGAUCAGGAAGAACUGCUCCCUGGUGGCCAUGGUCUCAUGGUCAGGGGUUACCUCCCUGUUAUUAACACCCUAGCCAAAGGUCUUGACAUACGCUUGAGCCACAGGGUCACAAAAAUAACAAGGCGAUAUAAUGGGGUGAAGGUAACAGUAGAGGAUGGGAGAACAUUUGUUGCAGAUGCUGCUGUUGUUGCUGUUCCUCUUGGUGUGCUUAAAGCAAAGAGCAUAACGUUUGAGCCGAAGCUACCUGAUUGGAAGGAAGCAGCCAUUGAAGACCUCGGAGUGGGAAUAGAGAAUAAAAUUGUAUUGCACUUCGAAAAGGUGUUUUGGCCAAACGUGGAGUUUUUAGGAGUGGUUGCUGACACGUCUUAUUGCUGCAGCUACUUUCUAAAUCUUCACAAGGCAACUGGUCACUCUGUGCUUGUUUAUAUGCCUGCAGGGCAGCUGGCUAAAGACAUAGAGAAAAUGUCUGAUGAAGAGGCUGCUAAUUUUGCUUUUACGCAACUCAAGAAGAUCCUUCCUGAUGCUUCUACUCCGAUUCAGUAUCUUGUUUCUCAUUGGGGCAGUGAUGUUAACACACUCGGGUCCUAUAGCUACGACAUAGUUGGAAAACCACAUGAUCUGUACGAGAAGCUAAGGGUCCCAGUAGAUACCCUAUUUUUUGCUGGGGAGGCAACAAGUGUUGACUUCCCAGGCUCAGUGCAUGGUGCAUUCGCAACUGGAGUAAUGGCUGCUGAAGACUGCAGAAUGCGCGUUCUUGAGCGUUAUGGGGAGUUGGAUUUAUUCGAGCCAGUCAUGGGUGAGGAGGCCAUAUCCAUUCCGCUUCUGAUCUCCCGCCUGUAACUUCCCGGCCACCAUCCUCCGGAAGUAUUUUAGAUAUGUUCACUUCAUAUGGGCUCACACACAUUUGCCAUUUCGAUUGGCUGUCUGGGAAAGGUCGUGGAAAAUUACCGUUUUCCCUGUGGAUCAAGCACUGGUGUUUGUGUUCGUAGCUCUCAUCUGAGUGGCAUGUCUGUAUUUGCACAAUCAUUGGGGAUCCCUGAAUUGUUGUUCAAUCUAUCCUAAACAAAUAUAGCUAAUGGAAUAAUAAAUAAAUUGUGAUACAAUGUA